AUGUUCAAUUGCUUUGUUAUGAUUGUUGUGGUUGCCUUCUUACUGCUUUUAAUGUCAAAUGUACAAUCAUCACAAAAUUAUUACUAUUACACUUCACUCAACACAACCGCAAACAACAAACCUCUCUACUACAGUCCCAAUGCUUUCUUGGAACCGUGUGAAAACAACACUACACCCUAUCCUUGUUUUAACAAGAUAACCAUCUUUUCAAGCUUUAUUUUGUUCCCAAAUGAAAAACUUGUUUCGUUUGGACCAAGAGGAUUUGAUAUUUGCCACUAUUAUGCCACACGAAAUAAUUGGAAUGCAACAAAAUGCUACACAGAGCUUUGUACUAAAUCAUCAAAUCCAACAUUCCAAAACUAUUGCAUGUUGUGUAAUGUAGUGAGUAAUGAAUUUAGGAUGAAGAUGUGGAAUGUUACUGAGUGUCCAGCUCCUGACCGAAGAAUUGAUAUGGCCAUGACAAAAUCAUCAGAUUACGAUCAAACCCAAAUUUGUGGCAGUUCGAAAAGUUCUCUUUUACUUCUCUAUCUAAUUCAACAAACAGUUACUAUUUGUUAUUGUGAGGAGGGGGAUUAUUGGGCAUCCAAUUGUGGCUACCUCUCCACAAAGCUUGCUUAUUUCUCCUAUCACUACAUUAUUAUUAUUCUAUCAUUCCUCAUUUCUGUGUUCUCUUUUUCUGUGCUUCUCUUGCCAACCCUAAUUCAGUCGAGACUAUUCAAAAAGGUGAGAGUUUUAAAUCAAAAACUCAAUAAUUUAGUUAGGGUUGCCUUUAAGGGAGACGAGAGAUUGGUUUUAAGUGAUUCUGAAAUUUUCCUGCCCAAGCAAGCAUUUUCUCUCAAGCAUUUCAUAUUCAUGUUAAAUCUACUUAUUCCAUGUACUGCCUUUGGAUACUUUGCAUCUAGAAUAGCUUUAUUCAUAGUGGAAGAUUUCAGCAAUUACAAAAUAAUUUUAGCAAUAGUCUUUUUCCUGAUUACAAUUAGUACAUUUACAAUUUGCAUUUUAUGGAUUAAUUUGAUGGUUAAAGAGUUAAAGAAAAAAACAGAAGAUCAAUUGUUGAUUCCUCUCAGAGUGAUUUAUAUUGUGGGAUUAAUUUUCAUGUUUCUAGUCUUAGCUGCUUAUGUCAUUACAAGAAUACUGGCAUUGAAUAUUGGAUCAGGAACAAUUUUGCUAGUUUUCAUGUCUAUUUUAAUAGUGUUAGGAUUGGCUAUUAUUAUUGCAGGUUUUACUCUCUAUUACAAAGUUACAAGAGUCAAAAAGGAUAACAUUGACUCCUUUGUUUCAAUGAAAUUUACACGAUUCAUAGUUCUCAUUACCACGUCAUUUAUCAUUUUGUGUGUACUAUUGAUAAUAUUUUCAUUAGAAAACUUUGGUGUGAAUUUUAUUCGAGGCGAUUUGGGAUUGGCAAUAGAAUUUGUUAUUGAACUCGUUAUGAUUUGGAUGCUUACUUUGAUAACUUUCUACUUGUAUAAUCAUAACUCUGCUAUGGAUACCUAUGAGUUUCUCUAUUGGCCUAUUGUAGGUCUAUUCAAAAAGAAGAAAACACCUCAACAAGUAGCGAGUAACUAA